AUGAAUUCAGAUAAAAAUGUGUACCUCGGCAGAGACAAAGGCAUCAUGCGGAAGAGAGCCUUGCUCCUUCGGAAAGGUUGCAGCUUCGAGAUUACCAGCUCUGCCUCGGAGGACCUGGGCUGCAGGCGUGGAGACUUCAGCAGGAAACACUAUGGUUCGGUUGAGCUGCUGAUUUCCAGUGACGCAGAUGGGGCUAUUCAGAGGGCAGGACGCUUCAGGGUGGAGAAUGGCUCAUCAGAUGAGACUUCGGACUACACUCCAGCAACCUGGAGGAGAACCGAUGUCCAUCUGGAGAAUCCAGAGUACCACACCAGAUGGUUCUUUAAGUACUUCCUGGGUAAAGUCCACCAGAACUAUGUGGGUACAGAUGCAGAUAAGAAUCCCUUCUACUUGUCAGUUGUCCUCUCAGACCAGAACAACCAGCGGGUUCCUCAGUACAGAGCCAUCCUCUGGAGAAAGACGGGCACUCUGAAGAUCAGCCUCCCCUACAGCCCGACCAAAACACUAUCAGUCAAGUCCAUCCUCAGUGCAAUGAACAUGGACAGGUUUGAGAAAGGCCCCAGGGAGAUCCUCAACCCGGAGAUUCAGAAGGAUCUGUUGGUGUUGGAGGAACAGGAGGGUUCUGUCAACUUUAAAUUUGGUGUCCUGUAUGCCAAAGAUGGACAGCUCACAGAUGACGAGAUGUUUAGCAAUGAGAUGGGGAGUGAGAGCUUUGAUAAGUUUCUCAAUCUGCUGGGGGAUACAAUUACGCUGCAGGGAUGGGCAGGUUACCGCGGAGGGCUAGACACCAAGAACGACACUACAGGAAUUAAGUCCAUCUACACAGUGUAUCAGGGCCAUGAGCUCAUGUUCCAUGUGUCCACCAUGUUACCCUACUCUAAAGAGAACAAACAGCAGGUGGAAAGAAAGAGGCACAUUGGAAAUGACAUUGUUACCAUAGUAUUCCAGGAAGGGGAUGACGCAUCGUCAUCCUUCAAACCGUCUAUGAUCCGAUCGCACUUCACUCAUAUUUUUGCAUUAGUUAGGUAUAAUAGCCAGAAUGACAGUUACAGGUUGAAGAUUUUCUCAGAGGAGAGUGUUCCACUGUUUGGACCCCCUCUCCCAUCUCCACCUGUAUUUACUGAUCACCACGAAUUCAGGGACUUUUUAUUAGUCAAAUUAAUCAAUGGAGAGAAAGCCACACUGGAGACGCCAACGUUUGCCCAGAAGCGUCAGCGGACCCUUGACAUGUUGAUCCGCUCGCUCUACCAAGACCUCACGCCUGACCUGCACAAGGUUCCCUUUUCUCCUCAGAACAUGUUAAACCGGCGGUCAUUCAGCGACGUGCUGCCCGAGUCUCCAAAAUCAGCACGCAAGAAGGAGGAGGCACGGCAGGCCGAAUUUGUCAGAAUAGGGCAGGCUCUGAAACUGAAGACCAUCGUGAGAGGAGAUGCCCCGACCAGCCUUGUUACCACAGGCCUGUGCAGGAAAGAGCCAUGGGAGUCCCAGUCGUUCUGCAGCACAUUCCCCUAUGAGAUCGUGUGUGCUGACUCCUGGGGUCAGUCUCUGCUGGUUGCCACCGACACAGCAGGGGUCAUGCUGCUGGAUGGCCCUGAUCCAGCUUUAGCCAACGCUGAGAUGCAGGCUCUGCCUCCAGCGCAAGUGUUUGACAAAACCAUGGUGGUGAAGCAGAUGCACGUUCUCGAGCCUCAGGACCUGCUUAUCACCAGGGCUGACAAAGGGAAGGACGCUCGGCUCUAUGUGUUCAGACUCAGCAUGCUCAAGAGAGGCCUGGAGGAGAGGCAGCUUGUCAGAAGCAAGUGUGACAGCCGAGAAAAUAAACUGGAAAAAACUAAAGGCUGUCAUUUAUACUCUAUCAACACCCACCACGGAUCAGAGCUGAGGAUAGUAGCAGCCAUCAGGAACAAACUCCUCCUCAUCACCAGGAAACAUCCACGUUUCGAAGGCUUCAGCACCGUCGCCACGGGAGCAGAUUCACCAGUGGAGGAGUUUCAGUACAUACGGGAGAUCUGUCUGUGUGACCCGCCGGUGGUGAUGGCGCUGGUUGACGGGCCGACUGGGGAAAAUGACAAUAUGAUCUGUGUGGCCUACAAACAUCAGUUUGACCUGAUCAAUGAGAGCACUGGAGAUGCCUACCGGCUACAUCAUGUGGACGCCAAUAGGGUAAACUUUGUGGCAGCCAUCGAUGUGUAUGAAGACGGGGAGGCAGGUCUGCUGUUGUGUUACAACUAUAUUUGUUACUAUAAGAAAGUUUGUCCGUUUAAUGGCUCCACACCGAUGAUCCAGUCCAACACCUCCGACUUCCACUUCAGCUGGAACCAGAUGCCCAAUGCUAUUGUUUGUGCAUUUCCUUACAUCCUGGCCUUCACAACGGACUCCAUCGAGAUCCGACUGGUGGUCAAUGGCAACCUUGUGUACACAGCAGUGGUCCCAGAGCUACAGUUGGCUGCUUCACGGUCGGACAUCUAUUUUGUUUCGUCAGCUCCGGUGAGCUCAGCCUCCAACUGCAGUUCAAGAGACACCAGUUCCCAGAGUUCUCCGCAGACGCCCACCGGCUACGAGAUGCCCGUGUUCCCUUCGCCGCUCGGUGAUGAUUCUAUACGGAUCCCCUAUGGUACCAAGCUAUCCCUGUACAUGUCUAAGGACGCCGAAGGUGAAGCAGCAUGUAAGCACAUCUUCAAGAUCCCUCUGUGUAACCUGGUGGGCCGCAGUAUUGAAAGACCCCUCAAGUCCCCUCUGGUCAACAAAGUGCAGACAGCGCCAGCCCCCAUGAUGCCCCCAACUCCCCUCAUCUCUGCAACGCACUCACUUUCCCUGUCCCGCAUGGAGAUCAAAGAGAUAGCCAGCCGCACACGGAAGGAGCUGCUCGGCUUGACAGAGGAACCAAGUGGGAAGUCAGACAGUGGAACGGUCAAACAGAGGAAGAUGAGCAAGAAGAACACUGAGGAAGAGCCCAAAGCACGAGCACUGACAUCAACAAACAGUGACAGGCUAGCCUCAGAGUCCAUUGAAGCAGACCUGGACAUCCAGCUGCAUUGCUCGUCCAGUUCAGAGGCUGAGCCAGAGAAGGUGGUGCUGCGAGCGGAGAGCCCGCCUCUCGCCGGCGCGUUCACCCUCUCAACAUCCUUUGAAGAAGAUGUCCUGGACCUAAAGUGAAGACAAUCCCAUCGUGCACUUCUCUGCCCACCCACUCCUGUACUGUCACCAUUAUUUUAUUGUUUUGGUUGGUUUGUUUUUAAGUUGUUGUUUGUUGGAUCCUUUUUUCUUGUCGUCCUUUGUUUAUAUCCCUGUAUCUUGGGUCUCUCCAUUCAUCGGAUAAGAUGGGUGCAGUGGGAGUUAGAAGCCGUGUCUGUGUGCGUGUUUGUUUUCGUGAGCAGUCCCUCCGCCACUGUGUGUUGGGUGUUUGUGUUGCCCUGCAGCAAAAUAACCCAAAGAGGCGAGGAGGUUGUGUAAGAUGCCGUGGUUUAUCCAGCGUUCUGCAGCAGCUUCGAGAUAAUGUUAGCGGUUUGAUCCCGAACCACAAACUGAAUGUAACUCUACACACCGAGGCACGGCAAAAAAUCUCUGCGUUCACGAUGCCCUCGAAAGUUGCCGGAGCUUAAUAUGUGUUGUAUAUUAUGUGAUUAAUUCCAAUCCACUUUCAAAUGUUGUAUGAUAUGCAUAUGUAUGUGUACAUCUGUUUAUACAUGAAAAUGCAUACACAGCGACAGGCGUGUAUGCUUGUCAUGCCUGUGAUGCAUAUUUAUAGAUAUAUUAUAAAAAUCCAUUUUAUUCCCAUAUUUAGUAAAAGUAUGAUGUUUUAUGCUCUCUGCACAUAUUAGUCCUUAUUCUUCUCCUUAUUCACAGUACACAGGUAGACAGGGCUGGAGGCAAGGUCUCCCACAAGUGCCAUUUCCCAGCAUCCUCCACUGAACUACACCUCGAACAGCCACCGUAUUCUGUCUGACAGUAGCAGCCAUGAUUGUAGUCCACAUUAGAUUACUACAGUGACCCACAACUCCUUUCAUUCAGGAUAAAUUCACUUUCUGGAGGCGCGCUCGCGAAGCCACAUGCACUAAACAUUUUACUCCGUGAGAAUGAGCCGACCUUAAAUCUGCAUGACCCGCCUUUGCUAAAAGUAUUGUGUCUUCUGCGCCAAAAACAUAGCUUCUUUGGAAACCAUGAGGUCUGUGACAUCAGGCCAAGUAUAACAGCAGAAAGCGAACCACAACCUGAAAUGACAGAAGAAGUGUUAAGUAAUGUUAAAAGGAAAAAAGCGGGGUUUUUUUUACUACACUGUCAUGUGAGCUCAAGUACGAUGGUACGGCAAGGGAGUUAUAGACAAACCACAAGUUUUUGGCUAAAACUAAACUUAAAAUGCACUAUAUUGUCAUAAACUGAAAUGGUCAAAGCAUAAUUUUGUCACAAAAUAAAAAUGAGCCAAUACUAUCAUGACUACUCACUACAGUAAAAUAAAAUUAAGUGUGAAAUAUUUUUAGUUUUUGUCUCUUUCUGUAUGUGGAAGGUGCAGAAAGGCAGUGAACUUUGAAGUGGUCCCAAUUAUUGAAACAUUAAUGUAGAAAUUUAAAAAAAUAUUUUGUUUAUAUUGCACAGAACCCAUUUCAAAUACGUACAGAAAACAAUCUCUUAAUUUAGAUAGUAGAAGUUUUAGGAAAAUGCUGCCUUUACCCAAGUAAAAUUAAAACCAAGAGUAAACGGAAAAAAAUAUAAACUAAAUAGUGUUAGAAUGUUAAGGUGGAAUAUUAAAAACAAAAAUAACUAACUACAACUGAAAAGCAUGUAAAAUUGGGAAACUAUAAAAAAACAAAUAACCCUAUUAGGGAUUGAGCAAUGGCUAGGACCAGCUACUUUAAAAAUAAAUGUUUUCUAUCAUUGGAAAUCUUAGCCCGGCUGUUUUGAUUCCAGAUGUCCAGUGAAAGACUGAUUUACAGCUGGGACUGAUGGGUUGACCAAUGGGCCAAUCCGCCGGACACCGGUGACACUGCAGUCUUCUUUCAUCCCCAUUUCACCACCAUUUGUCCAUUGACAAACAGCUACACGUGUCUUGAAAGCAAACACACAGAUACACAGUUAAAUUCACUGAUCAGUAAUAUAUCAUUAACUGACCUUACAGGUUUUUGGUCAGACUCUGGUCUGGACCCUUAACUGGUCCACCUUCAUUCAAAAUCUGUCUAGAGAAGGAGAAUUCUUAGCCUGCAUGAGGAAGAUUUUAUUCCUGCUGCAGUCCCUGACACCCUGGUUUUCAUUAUUAUGUAAAUUUGAACUCAAUCCUGGGCAGAGACUCAAAAGAGACAGAUUAAAGAGGGAGAACUAAAGAGAUUAAAAGAAGAUCAGCACAGGCUGAGAUAUUCUGACUUCUAGUGUUUGAUGGAUCCUACAUUUCCCAUAAUGCAGCUCAAUAGCAUCGUUCACUAGACCCCCUUCUCAAUACCCACUUCCUUCAAACGUCUUUCUUCCCAGUUUGUAAUGCAGGCUUUCUGUUACAAAAAUUUUAUGCUGCGUUCAUGUCAUGUUGUUAUCGUAAUUACGAGUUUGUGACUAGUAAUAGCAUUCAUGUCAAUAUGCAAGUCGUAAUUACAACUGGGAAACUCCGAAGUUCCAGCAUAUAAGUUCCAAUAUAUCCAACAUAAGUGCCUGAAACCAAGACAAAUAAAGAUGCCUCACAUCAGCCAAAGACCAUUGUUCAGUGUAAUUAAACCCAAAUUGAAUGGACAUGGUGUUAUAUUGUCAGUGAGCAGUAUUUGAAUCCUCACACAACCAACCCAGUACUCAUGCGGCCGCCAUGAUGAAUGCUCACAAGUCGUUGGCAUUGGAAUCCUUCUCAUGUGAGAUGAAUGCAACACAAUGCUGCAUUCACGCGACACUGGCAGAUUGGGAAGAAUAGGAAAAACACCCCACGUCCUGACUUGGAGGUGUUCAAGCACUAUUCCACGGUGGUUAGCCCUGGUGCUAACUAGUGUGGUGGCACCAGAUAAACAGCCUAAAAGAUUGACUUUUGUUGUGUUACGUGUCUGUAGCAGGUCGUUACCAAGUGAAACCAGAUACAAACCAACAUUUUAGAAUUACUGUGGAUUUUUUAUUUUGGGUGUAACUGUUGACAUGUCUGCAGUUCUUCUCACCAACUGGGCUAUAUUGUCGGUGUCAGAAAUCGCCGAUAUCUCCGACUGACGUGAGCGUUUUUGACACUCGGCUGCUCCUAAUCACGGUUUAAACAAUUUGACGUGAAUGCGGCAUAAGUCUCUUUGACUUUACUUUUUCUUUGGCUUUACAAAACCCCCUCUAAAACCGCAGAAAAACAUUAUAAAACUUUUUUCACAGGCUGCAUAGUACUUCUCAUAGCAAGUAAACUGAACUUCAUGUGUAAAAGCAGUUGAGUGCCCCUUUAAAAUGGAAACGAAAUUACAAAGGUAUACACUUAAAGACCACAAAAGGCAUGUUAGUCCAGGUUCUUUACAGGCUCUCCCUCUCUUGGGGCUUUGUUUGGGCAAGCAGCUCUACAGCAGCCCAGGCCAGGUGUGAACAAUUACCUGCGACUACCUCGCUGCAGGAUAAAUCACCUGCAGUGGCCUGGGUCCUGAUGAAGCAGCAGUAGCUCAGAGGCACGAAUCUGGAAAAGUUUGGUCUCAAACACACGGGCAGUAAACGGUCGUCCUUCUCAAAUCCAAAAUAUGAAAACACUUUUUCUUUACUGAGAGAGUUAAAACAAGUGGUGUGGGUCAGUGUGAAGGCUGAGUCUAACAUGUAAUGUCUUGGGUAAACGAACACUAGACAGUCAGUCAAACCAAAGGAGACAGCUUUAAGGGUUAACAAGGCAAACUGGGAGCAGUGGUUCUGACUAUGCUAAAGUUGGCAUGCGAGUGCCUCUACGCGGUGGGUCCACAACGCAGCAGCCUUCAGAUCUUGCAUGAGCCUCCUCUUCCUCCUUUUUCCCUCAUGCCUUCCCUUCAUUCUCCAACUUCCUGUCUCAGUGUGAACCCCUCACUCACGAUAACACAACUCAGAAAACUAAGAAGGGAGGAAGAAGAAGAAGAAGAAGAAGGGGAGGGGGGGGUUUACAAAGGUACUCUACUUUAGUAUUUAUUGCUCUGAAUGAGUGUGGGUGACUAGGGGAACGCCGCUUCUCCCACUGAUGUUGUUCCUAUUUCUCCUGUAUUUGUCAAGUACUCUUUGUUUCUACCUCCCCUUGGCAUUUUCACUGUUUUUGUUCGUUUUUUAGGUUUUUUUUUUGUUUUGUUUUUUUGUAUUUGAAUCUAUAUUUACUGUUUAGACUGUUGCUGAACCUCUCUGUGAUAUCAAAACGAAAGAAAAAUUAACAAAAAAAACACCAAGUGUCUUAAAAUAUUGUAUUGCCAUUGUUUUUAAUGCCAAGUACCACUUGUAAAUGUUUGUGUAUCAAAUGUGGCCUCAAAUGAAACUGAACUAUAUUAUUAUUAUUAUGAUUAUUAUUAUUAUUGUUAUUAUUUGAGCAGUUAUUUUAAACAAGUGCUGUAGACCACUGCUGUGAA